AUGGUGCCACUGAUGGUUAGUCAAAAGAUGAAUAAUAAAUGCGAAAUGGGCGAUGAUACAGAUGAUAAAUGUAUACCAUUUGUCUCAGAAUAUUCCGAUUGUAGUGACGCAAACGCUUGCUCUGGUUGCACUCGCUGCACCUGCUCAGCGGAAGGAGAGUGGGACUGUCAGUUAGUAUUUGAGUGUCCCACUGAUGAUAAAGAGGUUGCAAGCCCAGAAUCUGUUAGUGUUGCGCUCGACGUGCUUUACUCUGAAUUAAAAAAUAAAGAGAAAAAUGAAAAGAAGCAACGUGUUCUAGUGCCUCCGCCACCUAAGCCGGAAGACGAGCUCUUAGUUUCAGGCCCUAACCCUUACCAGGAGGAUUUUGCAACAUAUUUGUCAAGACAAAAACGAUCAAUAAGUGAUCAAUCUGAAGAUAAUGAGUCCAAAAAUCAUACCAUAAAAUUCCAUCACACAGUAGACGAAUUAAACGAAGACACACUGAAAAAUUCUAAUAAGUCUGGAACAAUUCAAGCUAUGAAAGUUGAAUCUAAUAUUUUACCAAAAAUAUCUAGAAGAACAGAUUUAUUAAAUAAUCAGAAUAAAUCUUCUCUCCACAUAGAAUAUAAUCAGCCAGAAGAAUAUGACCAUCACAUAGCUGAAAACAAAAUAGAAAUAGCAAGCCAUAAUGAAAAGAUCGACGCACGAAUAAAAGAUAAGUUAAAUAAAUUUACAGGCAAUUAUACGCAAAAUAUCAAAGAUUCAGAUUUAUCAAAACUUGUUGUAAAUGAAUUAAAAAGGGGAACUGAAAUUAUAGGCAAUGCAAAUGUCAAGCCUAUGUCCAACAUCACUUUUACACUUGAAAAUGACACAUUGACUGCAAUGGCAUUCAUUGCUGGAAACCUCCUUAAUAAGUUAUGGGAUAUUGAGCAAGAUACUUCUAAUGGUUUUAUUGAAACAGAAGUACUUAAGCAUGAGAAGAUAAAUGAUUUGCUAGAAUUAUUUAAAGAACCUUUAAAUAUAAGACAAGAGACUUUUUUAAAGAAUGCCCUGGACAAAUUAUCGAAUACGUUAAAUAAGAAUAAAAAUGUUAAAAACAUUUCACUGUGUGAAACGAUCGCUAUCGAGAUGUCAAGUGGCGAAAAUUUAAAUAAUAAUAAUCAAGUAAACAAAAUUAAUAAUUCAUUAUGUACCCAAAAGGAACAGCAUACAACAAAUGAAAUAAAAGAAAUGAACGUUUCAACCGAGGUUCUUCAAAAAUUGAAUAAUGUUUUAAGUCUUAUAAAAAAAUUCGAGCGAGUUCAAAAAAGUUUAAAUGCCCUUAAACAUCAAGCUGUUAUGAAAGAAUCAGAUUCUGGAGAUGCAUUGACUAUUGACGAAAACUCAUCAUUACAUUUGUUUGGCAAUUUACUAGAAAAAAUAACAAAAUUGCUUAUUCCAAAUAAUUCUAGUAAAAAAAUUAGAAGUAAAAUUAAGAAUUUGAAUCAAUUCAGUGGUAAAGAUAGCCAAAUGAAGGUCGUUGGAGAACAUUUUAAUGUUGAUUUAAGUAAAUAUAACUUAACUAUUAAAGAUAAACUAAUAUUAGAUUAUCUUAAUCAUAUUGAAAAUAAUCCACACUGCUUGUUAAAUAAAAAUAUACCUAAAUUGAGGACACAACCAAAAAAUAAUGUAGGAGGAAAUAUUAAUUAUAAUUUAUCUGAAUUUCUUAAAAUAAAAUCGUUCAUGGAUUUACUUAACUUGACAAAAAAUGAUGAACGUAGUGGAACUCCAAUUGAUGCAGACACAGAGGCACCUUCGCUAGAUACAACAACUAAAGCCGCAUUCCUUAAUAAUAGCUUACACAGAUUAAAUAACACUAAAGAAAAACUCAAAAACCAUCUUAAAGCGAUUAUCGAUGAUUUAAUUGAAUUACAAAAUGAUAAUACAUACUUUAAGCAAAAUAAAAUUAACAUAACUGAUGCAUUGCCAUGUAUUUAUAAUAUUUUGAACGCAGACAAGUUAAUUGCCAACAAAACAUUACCGUUAAAAUCUAACGUUUCUCCUCUGGAUAGAAUUAAGACGCUGAUAGACUCGAUGAAAUUAGAAUUCACGUCUACUUCACCAACACGUAGAAGUGGUUUAGCUGAAGAAAGAACUCAAUCAGCAAAAGUAUGGGAGAGAGUGGUAAAAAAUAUAAAUAGUUUUCAAAAGAAAACUCGUCGAACAUUAGCCUAUGAAAAACCAAAAACAUAUCAAGAGUUGAAAGAUAUGAUCGAAAAUAUUGAGUCGACAGGGAACAGCUACAAAAACUUUGCAUUAUUAUCAGUCAUUCCUCCUCACAAAAGACUUAUGUUGCUUAAAACACUUGAAGCAGAUACAAAACAACAAGCAUUAGUUUUAGAAAAUAUAAGAAAAUCUACAAAUAAUCUAAACAAUUUACCUUUGGAUAAGUUGAAUGAAUUACAAGAAUUUAUAGAUAACGCUCAGAAUAAUAUAAAUUUGAGCAUUAAAGUGCUUCAAAAUGUAGUAAAAUCAAAACAAAAUGUUAAUAAUGAGCCUGUAAAUAUUUUAAAUCGCAAUAAGAACGAACAACUAAAAGUACCAGAACUUUUAAAAAAUACGAAAUCAAUGGUAAAUAAUAAUGUAAAGCUAACAAGAGAUCAAAUACUUAUCCAAUUAAUUGAAAAUCGUAUUAAAUUAUACAUAAAUUCAAAAGAAUCGAAAUAUGAAGAUAUGAGUAAUGAUAUUAAUUAUAACAUAGGAAAAAGAGUUCUGACUUUAAUAAGAAAUGGGAAUAUAGAUGUCGCUAAAGAGUUAUUUAAAAUAUUUAUUGCAAAUCAACGUGAAGAAAGUAAUAAAAUGGAAGACAAAGCAUCGAUAAAAGGAGGGAAGCUCUUACAAAUGCCGUUAAAUGAGCCUUUGAGAGCGUUUGAAAAUACGAUGGAGAGCCAGGAUUCAAGAUCAAAAAUGUCGCCGGAUCAACUUUUCAAACAGCUUUUAAAAGUAAAAAAUAUGAAUUCUCAGUAUAUG